CUUCAAAGUGCCAUUCAGAUCUUCCACAUUGACUGCUGCAAGCCUAGUGACCUUGAACCAACCUACAUUGUUGAUGCAGUCCACCAACUUCAUGGGGAGGUUAGCAGGGAAGUGCAGGCAAAUGCUUCACUGACCUUCUGUAUGCACGUA